GUGACGUACAAAUGGCUCAGCUAUACUCUGGGAGUUCACGUCAACCAGGCUAAACAGAUGCUGUACGAUUACGUAGAGAGGAAACGAAAGGAGAAUUCCGGAGCUCAGCUUCACGUCACCUACUUAGUAGCAGGAAACCUCAUGCAGAAUGGACACGUUUGCCACAAGGUUGCAGUAGUGAGAGAGGAUAAACUCGAAGCAAUGAAGUCUAAACUAGCCACGGUUGCGAGCGUGCAUGUGUACAGCAUUCAGAAAGCCUUGCUCAAGGACAGCGGCCCGCUCUACAACACAGACUAUGACAUCAUCAAAACAAACCUGCACAACUGCAGCAAGUUUAGUGCCAUUCAGUGUGCUGCCGCGGUCCCCAGGACGCCGGCCGACGUUUCUCCAGCACCGACGUCGGCGCAGGCUGGUUCCCAGACAGCGAGCGGCACGAACGCUGCCAGCGUGCCUGCGCUCAACGGCCACGCUCCGUCCGCCGCCAAACAGACCUCGCAGCAGCCCAGAGGGAUCAUGGGAUGUUUGCAGCGAAAGCAGCUUCCAAACCCCAGGACACGAAUAAAGAAACUAAAGGAGGCUAAGGAGGCCCCAGGGGUGUCUGCAGUAAGCAGCAAACCACCAGUAAAGGGCAACAUAAUGAACAACUUCUUUGGAAAAGCUGCCAUGAAUAAACUCAAAGUCAGCUCCGCGCCUGAACAGCCAAAGGAGGAGAAAGAAGUAGUCAAGCCUUCAGCUUCUGUCGCAGAACCAGAGUCAUCUCCUAAUAUUGUAGCAGAGAAACCUGGGAAGAAAGCAGAGUCUGCUGGAAUUCAACAAAAGGACAAAAAAAGUAAAACAAAGAGAGUGGACAAGUCGGAUAAUGAGGAAGAAAGAGAUCCUGAAAAUCUGAAGAAAAAGAGGAAGCGAAUCAAACAACUUCAGUCUGACAGCAGUGACGAGGAAGAUGUCCCACCGUCUCCUGCACCUGAGGAAGAGAAAGCUCCAUCUCCACCUCCUGUACCUGCUCUGAAAACUGAACUGGAGCCUGCAUCCAUGGAGGCUUCAGCUGGAGGGAGGAAGAGGAAACGGAAGCGCGUGCUGAAAUCCAAAAUGUUUAUUGACGAAGAAGAAGGCUGCAUGG